AUGGUCAAAGACAGAGACCUCAACCCUACCUGGUGCUGGACAGUGAACUUUGAAGAGCCUGUGCAACGUCCAGACUUAGAUCACUCAGAGAGAGUCCUCCCGCCUGGACACCCCCUGCGCGGCCGCGCCGCCCUGCGCCGGGGUAUCUCCGGUCCAGCGGGACUCGUCAGCUCCUGGCUUCGGAGAGUCUCUCCCUGCGUGUUCGGGGGAAAGGUCUGGCACACGCACAGGUGCAGGCGCCCACCCCUAGGCUUCAGCCUUGCGUGGACGCUGCUCAGCCUGCAGCCCCGCGCCCUGCGGUUCCCGUUCUCCGACUCGGGGACCACCGCCCCGCGCCUACUCAGCGCCCAUCCCCCUGCAGCGCCCAUCCCCUUGCGCCCGCACCUUCGUCGGCAGCGUCAGGGAGACGUCCCAGUGCGCGCCCUUCCUCCGUUCACGCGCUCCAGGGCGGCGUCACCCAGCAGUGCGCGCUCCCGACAGCGCGCGCAUCCUCGUAGGCUGCUUCGGCAGCCAACUGCACCCUCUCCCCGCCGCCGACCCCACUGCAGGGAGCCCACUGUGCGGAAGUGCGCUCCGCAAGCCUCCCGGGCCUACUGGGCGGCGCGGUGCCUGAAGCUGCCUCGCAGGCCGCUGUGCGAGGCCCUCGUGGGGGCCCUGUCGUCAGCACCCGCGGGCGUGCGUUGCGGGCUACAGGCAGCACUAUCCCGCGGGGCAGUCCCAGUGGUUAUUUCUGGGGUCUUUUCCCCAGCGCCCUGGAGCGGCCAUGAGAAACCAGCGCUGCCAGCCUCUGGCUCCAGGAUGCCGUGUACCUCGGUGAUCUGGAGAUGGCCUCGGCUGGGGGCCAGCUGACGCUCCACUUGGCCCUGGAGCAGUCAGUGGUGUCUAUAUGGUCCUCACUGGCCGGCCACCUCUCUCAAUCCCCUGCGCGAAGGAGACUGGGACCCUGAAAGCGAGCAGUCAAGUGAGAGCCAAGGAAGAAAAGGACCUGGCCUUCUGCAGGGAGGGUGGGAAAGCGCUCGCCAAGGACGAGGAGGGACCCGCGCUCCCGGAAAGGCAGGGCGACCCCCCGCUGGGCUCCCAGGACAGCGGGACCGCACAGUCGCCAUUUCGGCGCCUGAUGGUCAGGGGCCUCCUCGCUUCCUUUGCGGCCAGGCCUGGGCCUCUGCAGAGAGACUUCUGUUCUAAGAGCUCGGCAAACAGUCUGAUUAGGAAAUCCCAGACCUCCUCCGUGAGCUCAUGCAGCAAACGCAAUGCCAUCACCAGCUCAUCCAGUUCCAUUCGAGGCUCCCCACCUCUGCAGGGGGGAAACGGCCCAGGCACCCUGGAGUCGCCGUGCCCAGCCCCACCCGGUUCCCAGGCGCAUGAAAAGGAAGCCAGGGAGGAAGACAUUUGGCUAGCUCUUCUUCGGCCCCUGUGGAACCACCAGGGACGAUCGACCAUGAAACAGUUGCAGAUGCUUCCUCGGGGGAGAAACAAAACCUGAGGGAUUGUGGAGCUCCAUCUGAUGGUUCCUGGCCCCAAAGACGCAGGAUUCCUCUGCUGCGGCCCUACAGAAGAAAUGACCCUAUGGCCCUGCCGGCGCUCCCCCAGUUCUGUUAUCGAGUCACUGCGGAAGACCUUGAUUUAGAGCAGAGAGCCGCGAUCCAGUGGAUCAAUUAGGCCUUGAAUGAUGAUGGAGCUGAGAUGCAGACCAAUUAGAUAGCUUGAGGACAACCACAUGACUCCCCUGCAUGUGAGCUGGCCCUCAAACCAGAGCCCCAGUCCAUACCCUGCACGUGCAGUGCAAUAUCCCAUUCCAUGUAGGGCCAUUUUGAUACUUAAAUAAAAUAAUCAUCU